CCGAAUGGGGGACCCCCCUUCUGCCCUCCUGUGGUAUAGGGGAUCCCUGCCCCCUGUAUAGGGGAUCCUCCCUGGCAUAGGGAAGCCCCCCUUUUCCUGCACAGGGGACCUGUAUUGCCUCCAUCCCCUUUCUAUCGCCCCCUUCCCUGGGGACAAGGAUCCCGAUCUCGCCUUUCUUCCCCACUCCUGUAUCGGGGACCCCUCUUCCCCCUCCCUCAAUACGGGACUCGACUUUUCCCUUCCCGUCUGGUGGGGGGGAUUGUUAUUUAGGAGACCCCCCAACCCUCUCUCUGUACAAGGGACUCGUCUGCCUCUUGCAUGGGGAUCUCUCUGCACCUACCUCGCAUGUGGGGCUCGCCCUCCCUUUUUGGGGGGAUCCCAGCUGCCCAGACAGGGGCCCCUCGUUUGCCGUCUCUGCCCCCUCCUAAGUUCUCCCCACGGGCACCUACUGCUUUCCCUCUCGUUCGCUCCCCAAGCAGCUUUCCCUUUGCCCCCCCCCCCCGCCCCCCCAUCUAUGGACACGCUGGCCCCCAAAGCCCCCUUAUCCUCCUAAAGAGCCUCCUCUCACCCUGUCUGCCUCCUGCUGGAUUGCCCCAUUCCCCUGCCAUGUCCCUUCCCACCCUUUCAUCCACCCCCCCCAAACCCUGUGAUGGAGAAGAGCCCCUAUUCCCACCCCAGCCCCCCAACACACGUACUCCAAGUGGGCGAGCCCGGGUGGCUCAUCCCAUCUUCCCGCUUUCCUUACUCAUCCAUGCAGCCCCCCUUCAUCUUUUCCCCCUCCUCCCAUCCGUCCCCCCCUUUACCCUGAGGACCCCAUCCCUUCUUUUGGCCUCUGGGGUGUUCACCCUCUAGCAGAGGGAAGGAAAGCACGUAAUAAACAGGCAAACCUCAGGAUGUACAUGUGCAAAGCAGGAGAAGCAGCUGCUACAGGCAACAUUAACGGGGCCUGGGGUGACCUACUCCAUGAGGUUCAGGGGUAGCAUUGCAUCUGCGCUCCAAACAGAGCAGCCCCCGUUACCUCCCAUUUCCCUGGUGAAUUAUUGAUCAGUGUGGCUUUUCUUUUCCUUUUCCAAGAUUCCCUAUUUAAGAAAAUCCCCCGGGUGCUAAGAGUCUGCAAACUGGGACGCCCUCUUUCAUGGCUUCUAAACUGGAGCAACCUUGGGCUUCCUGUGUCGCCUCCCUGCUUGGUAUCUGGAUCUUCCUCUUGUCUCCUUUGGUGUCCUGGAAAAAUUGAGAACAGGCUUCCAGGGCUGAGGUUCAAAGCCCGCUGCUGCCCUGGAGACGUUUCGAUGCUGAGUAGUCUGUCCAAUUUGAAAACUGUCCCAACAGCUCAUAAACAAAAAGGGGGUGCAGGCCGAGUUGGAGCGGCCUGGUUGGGUCUUGCAGAGGUUGGUAUCACAAGUCCAGUCUUCUGUAAUAAUGGUCCGGAAAGACAGCGGAUGCAGAUGCCGGUGAGAGCAGAGAAAUCAUUCAAAGAGAUGUAGAGAGUUUAGAACUAGGGGCAAGACCUGAAAUGAGAGCCAACCUGGCAAACGAAAGUCAGUGCGUGUGUUGGGGCCGGGGGGGAUCUGGAGAUAUUCAGUGGGCAGAAGGAAUCUACGGAGCCAUACUGACUAGAAGAGACCUAGAAGUGAUAGUGCCCAGCCAGUGAGGAAGGAGUCUGCGAUCCAGGUUGCGUAUUUAUAAAGAUAGCUAACGAGGCUACUACAGAACUGGUAGGGAAGUCGUGCUGGGAGACAGAGACCCCCAUAUAAAAACAGGAGCUCAGAUAGUGACUGGCAAAGUAAAGUACUUUUUGUAGCAAGGUUUUUUAUUUAGUCUUUUUGCACCUUUGACCUAAGCCCUUAUUUGAGCCUCUCUCGUCAUUUGGAAAGGGUUUGAGGCACUGUACCUGUAGAUGGGAGCGUGAACCAUUCUCUAGAUCAAUCAAAGGGACUCCGCCAGAGGGAAUACCUGGGGGUUGCUCGUUGUGGGACUCCCCCAUUUGCUUUUUGAGGCAGGGAGCUGACAAUGUUUAAUAAUAGCUAUAGCCUAGCUCAGACACAGGAGGCGAAGGAGAGAACUUGCUCUAAGUUUUUCACUCGCUUCUUAAAGUUGCAGACUUUUAUUUUUUAUUCCUUGUGUUGCUGCAAGGUCUUAAACUAGGUUCACUCAUGAACCUCGGGUGCGAUACCAGGCUCACUGCACCACUAGUCUCUUCUGUGGUGGCAGUUCUUGUAUUUUUAACCUCUGCCAAUUCUGAUGGUGAAGUGAGAAUUGCCCGGGGGUAUUCUGGAUCUCAACGAGAGCCCCUCGCCCUGCCAGCCGCUGGAUGCUAAGCGCCUGGUGAACGGAUGAAUAAGAAGCUGACCAGGAGGAGGGACACUUGAGCAUCUGCUAAGAUGGGCAUGAGGAUCAAGCUACACAGCACGGAUCAUCCCAACAACCUGCUGAAGGAACUCAACAAGUGCAGGCUGUCGGAAACCAUGUGUGAUGUCACCAUUGUGGUGGGGAGCCGCUCCUUUGCUGCACACAAAGCAGUGCUGGCCUGCGCGGCCGGCUACUUCCAGAACCUCUUCCUGAACACGGGGCUGGACGCUGCCAGGACCUACGUGGUGGACUUCAUCACGCCGGCCAACUUUGAGAAGAUCCUGAGCUUCGUCUACACCUCUGAGCUCUUCACGGACCUCAUCAACGUGGGCGUCAUAUACGAGGUGGCAGAGAGGCUGGGCAUGGAGGAUCUGCUCAAGGCCUGUCAUUCCACCUUCCCCGACUUGGAGAGCUCAGCUAUUACCAAGCAGCCCUCUGGGUCGGGAGAAGGCCGUUCGGGCCCUUUGGGCAGCACGGCGACAGAACCAAACCCUUCCCUGGGCGAACUCCGGAGCAGUGGGGAGCACUUUGUCCCUGAGCGGAAUUGCAUCUUGCACGGGGAAUUGGCAGGUGGCUACAAAGAGGAUGACAGGAAUCCCAUGAGUGAAUCCGGCCAUAACCUGCCUUUGAUGCAUCAACCGCUUCCAAAGACAGAAGAGCAGGAACUGACGGAGCAGUUUGCUUCUCCCACCAACAUGGUGGCUCAACCCAGCCUGGGCAAUGUAAACAUGGCCGUUCAAACCACUGCAAGUACCUGCCAGCCCUAUAAGAUCCAGAGCAACGGGGACUUCAGCAAGACCAGCUUUUUCGCUGCUGAUACCUCGCUGGACAUCUCCACCGGGAGCAACUCCUGCCCCAGCAACAGUGACCAUUCCAAAGAUCAGGGCUUCGGGCAGAUGGAUGAGCUGCAGCUGGAGGACCUAGGGGCGGACGAGCUGCACUUUGAAGACACUGGCGAAGAGCUGGGCCCGGUGGAGGAGGUCAUUGAGCUGAGCGACGACAGCGAGGAGGAGCUGGCCUUUGAGAACGACAGCCGGGAGAGCAAGGCCAUGCCCUGCCAGGUGUGCAAAAAGGUCCUGGAACCCAACAUCCAGCUGAUCCGCCAGCAUGCGAGGGACCACGUGGACCUGCUCACCGGCAACUGCAAGGUGUGUGAGACCCACUUCCAGGACCGGAAUUCCCGGGUCACCCAUGUCCUGUCCCACAUCGGGAUCUUCCUCUUCUCCUGCGACAUGUGCGAGACCAAGUUCUUCACCCAAUGGCAGCUCACCCUCCACCGGAGAGAGGGGGUGUUUGACAACAACGUUAUCGUCCACCCCAGCGACCCACUGCCCAGCAAGAUCAACCUGUUUGGCGGAGGGCCCGGCUCGGAGCUGGUAUGCACCGCCUGCGGGAAGCCACUGGCCAAAGAUUUCCACACUGUCCGGGGCCACAUCCUGGACCACGUGAACUUGAAAGGCCAAACAUGUGGCGUGUGCGACCAGCGGCAGCUCAACCUCUGCAGCCUGAUGUGGCACACCCUGUCCCACCUGGGCAUCUCCAUCUUCUCCUGCUCCAUCUGUGCUAACAGCUUCGUGGACCGGCAUCUGCUGGAGAAGCACAUGGCCGUCCAUCAAAGCAUGGAAGAGACUCUCUUCCGAUGCCAUUUCUGCGGCCAGAGCUUCAAGCUGGAAGCGGCUUACCGCUACCAUGUCAGCCAGCACAAGUGUGGCGGCAGCCUGGACGUCGUCCGGCCCAGCUUCGGAGACCGGCUCCAGCAGCAAGCCCUCCAGAAGAGGAAGGUGCCAGAGGAAUUCCUGAGCGAGGACCUGGCUCUGCAGAACCAGCCAGGAAACAGUAAGUACAGUUGCAAGGUCUGUGGGAAGAGGUUUGCCCACACGAGCGAGUUCAACUACCACCGGAGGAUUCACACGGGAGAAAAGCCUUACCAGUGCAAAGUGUGUCACAAAUUCUUCCGCGGCCGCUCCACCAUCAAGUGCCACCUGAAGACGCACUCGGGGGCCCUCAUGUACCGAUGCACUGUGUGUGGGCACUACAGCUCCACCUUAAACCUCAUGAGCAAGCACAUCGGCGUCCACAAAGGCAGCCUGCCGCCCGAUUUCACCAUCGAACAGACGUUCAUGUACAUAAUCCAUUCCAAAGACGCAGAGAAAAACACAGACAGCUGAUUGGGCGGCGCUGGUGGGGUGGGGGAGCAAACGCUAACUACAAAGUGGUGACUUCCCCCCCCACACACACACACAGUUUUAACAGUCGGACGUUGUGGAUGGAAUUCUCCUUUUUUUUGGCCUUGCCUCGGAAUUUUUCUGUCGGCAUCCUUCCAGUUAACGGCACGUGAGCUAAACCAAGAAGCCCGUUCUCUUUACUUACCUCCAGUCCCGUUAGAGGCCGCUGAGUUCCAUGGGUUGGCGUUUCUUCCCAGGUUUUGGAUCAAAUAAAUAGACAACUAUCUCCGUCGAGCAGGUUAACCCUAGCCUGGCCUCCCAAGGGUUUGAGAUCACACCUAGAUUUAUGCUGCUAUUAUCCUGACAGCCAGCCUCAGUAGAGCCGGGACGGGAAGGUGUUGGACACGAAAACACUAGUUGGUUUUCUUCUAGGCUUUGCUGCUACUGGGAGGAACAAAGCAGAGUGUGGCCUUGCGGCCGGGGGAGCGCUCCAGGAGUUCGACUCGAUGUUUGAAAAGGGGGAUUAGCGCAACUUCUAGCCGCCCAUCUGAGCCAGGGCCGCAGUUGCUGAUUGUUUUCUCCCCCUUCCUCCCCCGUACCUCUUCUGAAGUUUAAAAGUCACAUUUGAGAGGCAGGGAAAUGUAGGAGUAACAGAGCAGCCCUAGCUCAGGGGCAGAGCUUCUUGGAGAAAAGAGGAGAGGUCUCUCUCCAUAAACUAGGCUAGAUUGUCAGGAGGGAACACGUUACCCUCUCUGAAGAGUCACUGAGCCAGGGGAAGCACGUAGCAAAUGCUGGCAGAAGGGCUGGUUUCCCCCUUGUUCUCCCCCUUUCCCCACCCCCAUACCGAAGAGAAAUGUUUUUAGCAGAGAUCAUCCCCUCCAAGUCUCUGUGAUUCUGCAGCCUGCAGUAGCGUGUUAAUGCUGCUGGGGCACGACCUAUAGUUCACCCUGCCCUCCCUAAGUCAGUAGUGCAGCAGUCUAGGGGUUGGGGUGUGGAGCGCAUCGGGCAUCCCUGUGCCCGUGCAAAGCCCUCUAGGAUGAGGGUGAAAAGAAACCAUUGCCUUAACUCCUGGGAAGGUGUCUUUGCAGGAGAAGCGUUCUCCCCGCUACAGGGUUAGCCCCCCACCCCGCGGUAAUGGAACGGCCACCGGGUCUGUGACGUGGUUUCUAUCGAAGGACGUCGUCGGUGCCGACGAAAGUUUGCCCCUUCUGCUUUCACCGGGUAACGCUGUAGCUUUUCACACAUGCCCGCUGGUGGAGGUCGGGGUGGUUUUUCCAGCGUGACUGCCCUGGGGCGGGGAGGGGAAAGGCGUGAAUAUGACACAUGUAGCAGCCUGGGUUAGAGCUGUCCCUAGGUGACUCGUACUACCUCAUAACCUGGAAGCGCUCGGGGCUUGAAGCCACGGGAAUCUGUGGACAGGCUCCCGCAUUUCCAUACACUCUGAACACUCUCCCCCAGCCCCCCAGGGAGCUUCUCUCUGCCACGUUGCCUCUGAGAGGGACUGACUCACCCUAGCUGCGCUCGAGGCAGCGGGCUAAAAAGGCAUUGCCACACUGGCCGCGGCUCCGGCGAGCCCCGGAUCUGAGCUCGGGUGACUUGCUGGAACUGACGCUGGUGCUGCAACAUCCAGGCUACUAUUUUUAGCGCACCUGCUCGAGCAAAACUAGCAAGAGCCUGUCUGCCCAGGCGGGGAGGCUCGGUACCGCUGCAGUGUAGACACCCUCAGAGGAGCAGCGUUGGUCUGGCCUGGGGGCUAGGCGUCCCUCGGUUCGAACCCCACUGCUAACACUAACUUCACUGUGGCCUUGGGCAAGUCGCUUCGCCUCUCUGCCUCAGUUUCCCCAUCUGUAAAAUGGGGGCGGUAAUACUUGUGGUACCUACCUACCUCCCUGGAGCGUGGUGACGAUUAACCAGUUACUGUCUGUAAAGCAUGUUGAAGAUGAAAAGCACUUAUGAGUGUUAUUAUGUAGCAUCCUAGGGAAAUGACCCCUCACGUUCCUUUUAAAAAAAAAACCCUCUCUACUCCUGCCCCUGGGUGCAAUAACAGCCCUGCAGCAUCGUCCUUCUCCGUACUCUGCUCUCUGUUUCUGGGCCCUGUGAAACGAACACUCGUGAUAAAGGGUAGGAUGAGGACUGGAAGAGGAGUGAGCAAUAAGCAGAGACUGCUUGCUUAGCCUAGCGUGCCAGGAGUAGGUUUGCAGAAGGGGCAUGAUGUCUGAGGGUGCACAAGGAAGGCAGGAGCUUGUGGUCUGAGGGGGCGAGGGCGUUAAGAGUUAAUUGUGCCGGGAGCCCUGGGGAACGGAGUGAGUCUCUUGCUCCUCUCCUGUUGAUUAGAGUCAGGAGCGGUACCAAUUCCGCCAGUCGGACUUCACGCUUUAGGGUUGGGGUGGGAUUUGCAGAAGGGCAGCAUCCCCGGCCGCAUUUGGAAGCUCCUGCUUUUUAGCACGGUCAUCAGAAUCCCUUCCCGUCUGCAGCUGAUGGUGGUUGUCUCAGUGUAAAGGUUUAAUGCCCCCAUCGGCACGUCCUCAAGCCGCGAUAAGGGCAUGUGAAUGCAGGCGAUGGAGACAGAGCCCUGAAGGCAUCUGGCUGCAUUCCUCCAGGCAGUGCCAGAGCUCGCACAGGGAACCAGCCACAGUUCCUGAGCAGAAGGAACCCUGCUGACCUCUGUCCUGAUGUGCGCUUUCAAACACUGGUGCCCCAGUCAAACCACGUGGCACUGAGAAAAAGCCUAUGGUGGCGAGACCAUCGUCUGAGAUCUGCCCUCCGCAGUCUGUAUAAUGUUAACCAGUUUAAGGGAUGCCGUAUGCAGACAUCCCUGGGUGGCUCCAAGCUUGACCCAGCCCCUGGAUAUGGCCCUCCGUGGAAGGUGUUUAAAAGAGGAAGUGGAUGUUGAAAUGACAGAAUUCUAGUUCUUGAUUAAAUCUGCCCCGAACUUUACUAGCCCUGGCUGACUUCUGACUUCAUGUCGAACUGAACAGGUGAACCCGUGAUUGUCACGGAGGGGGUGUCCUACACCUUUCCCUGCCCCACCUGGUGCUGACUAAAUGGACGGCAGGGUCUGAGCCGGUCGGGGGGUUCCUAUGAAGGGUUUUCAAAGAGGCAAGAAGUUCUUGGGUGCCCGUAGCCAUCCGGAGGUCAUUCUGCCAUGUCCUGGAAGCCGUGUGGAACACUGCGGGGCCCUGCCCCAUGGUGACAGGUCUGCACACCCGAAUCGAAGCAGUGAAGCAAAAGCCUUUGCGGCAAAAAAAACAAACAAAACGCUUGGACGCUGAAACACUAACAGGCAAGCGACACCCUGCCCAAGGUCAGGGGAAGGGAAGGCUGAUGCCUGCCCCCUUUUUCGUGACUCUGGUCUGUGGCUACGUCUACAGUAUGAGCUAGGGGUGUGAGUCCCCUUUUGUGUCCACAAACUCAUUGAGGUAGCAGUGAAGCCAGGGUGGCCCAGGGACCGUCUGAAACCGCUGGGUAUUUACUUGGCAUGGCUAAGGCAGGCCCCUGCUGCUGCUCCCCGGGCUUCGACUGCUCCGCAGCUCAGCGUAGCUGUCGCCAGUGGGUCGAGGAAGGGGGAGCUGUCGGCUCAGCCAGGGAGUGGCCAGAACUCAGAUCCCUGCCCACUUCUGCCUUUGGCUUUUCCCUGGGUUAUAAUGACCCGUUUAGUUCUCCCUCAAAACACUCAAGAGAUUGGCAGCCAUUUGACUGUGUGCUUGCUCGUGGGCAAGUGAAAAAAUAUUCCAAUUUGCAAAACUCUGUCACAAGUUCAAUCCCUUAGUUUCUCCGAAUUGGGAUGAGGCCAAAACCUGGGCUCUCCCUCCCAGCCUGGGGAUCCAAUGCCAGGAUCCAGCCGUCACCCUCCGGAGCGCCCUCCCUCAAUAUGUCACACCCGAACUCCACGGGAGUCAAGUAGAGUCUUUAGAGCAAGGCCCUAACCCCAGACGCGAUGACCAAUCUGCAACGGGUCCCGGUGUCUUAACUUGCUUGGGCCACCUUCUUUACCAUUCAGUUUUCUGCCUCCCCUUUGGCAUAGGGCUGCCACUGGGUCCUGCCAGCCAGGCUAGGAGAUCAAGUAGUCUUCACGAGCAAUGUCCAUGCCGCUUUGUGGAGGGCAGGCUUAGGUGGCGUCCAGAGACAGAAGGAGUCUCUCUCAUGCUUUCACCAUGAAACUAGAGCAGGCUGCUCUGCUCCCUGAGGCUAGAGUCCAAAAUCCGUGUCUCCCAUGCCAGGCGUGUCCUGCUGAUGCCCCGGCUCACAGAGCUGGUUUUUUGGUUUACUGCCUAACAAUUAUUCGUGCCCUGUCCCCGCUUCAGAAGCCAAAUGCUACUUCUAGUGAGAAAAGGUAACAGUAUUGUCUGGUAGACCAUACAGGGGGCUGGGAGAGAGACCCCCUGGGUUCUGUUCCCAGCUUUUCCACUGGCUCAGUGUGUGUUCUUGCAUCAAUUACCCCCCAGUCUGUAAACAUGGGGGACACUAAGAAAUACCUACCUCACAUGGGGGUGGGUGUGAGGUUUAAUUCUUGUUCGUAAAGUGCUUUGGGAUCCUUGGGGAUGAAACAGGGGCUUCUAACAGGACAACACGUUAUCAACGAUCCAAGCGGCAUUGUAGGGUUCUGUUUAAUCCCAGGUGCCUGCCACGCUAAUGGGGCUUGAAGCAAGCUGCCCCGUCUCUAACCAAAAGGCAGCAGUGUCCCAGUGGAGGACGUAACCUUAUGACACUGGUCUCUUUAUUUCUGAAACACAAACGGGGUUUGCUUUCAUUCCUCCCCUCUCCCGAAGGAUCCAGAUCUCUUAAAAAAAAAAAAAAAAAAAAAAAAAAAGAAGCAGAAAAAAGAGUUGUAAU